UCAUCUCAACGCCGCCUUCCUACGCUUGCCAAUUUCCGCCGACCGAAUACAGCCGGCGGUGACCUCGACGCUGACACCUGUGACGGCUUGAGGGGACUUCACCCGGCGACCUACCGACGGCUGACCUCAAUCCGGCGCCCGGCGGCUUCUACUCAGUAGCGUUCCGCUCUCCUGGGUAUUGGGCUAUUGGCAGUCUCUGUUUGGUGCCGAUGAGCAAGAAGAGGAAGUCUCUGAAGCCAACCAAGUCGUUGAGAGAUGCUGAAGAAGUACUAACUCCAGAUUACAUUGUAGGAGACGCUCUUGACGACCUAUUGUCGAAACUUGUCAGGAGUGUAGAGGUUGCAAAGGCUUCAAGGGGAGGUUUACCAGAAAAGAUAUGGAUGAAGAAACAAUUUGCUAUCGGGGUCAAUGAUGUGACAAGGGUUCUCGAGAGAAUGCCUCCCGCUGCUGCCCCUGAUUCUGCUCACAGUUCUAGUGAAGCACAAACUGUCUCAGGUCGGCGUAGAGCUCCUUUGGUGCCACUGCAGGCUGUCCUUGUAGCUGCCGAUUGCAAUCCCAAGUGGUUAACAAAACAUAUACCAACCCUGGCAUCUACAAGGCAGGUUCCAGUAUUGUGCCUCAAGGACAACAAAGGAGGCUCGGUGAGGUUAGGUCAUGUGGUGAAUCUCAGAACAGCACUCGCCAUUGGAGUAAAGGCCGGAGACAGCAUAAUCAACAAGACUAUUGACGAGUUCCUGGAGUGUAAUAAGCAAUGAACUGUAAAUUCUCUUAGAGCAGCAAAAUGAUGGACAGAAAAGUUUGAACUCCUGGGCGUGCAAGAGUUCCAGGACAUCUCAGAGAUGGGUUAACAUGGACAUGGAGUGAAGAGGUUUUAGAAGGGGAUAAAGGAUUCUACCAGAUCGUGGCAAUAUCAAUCUUCUCACACCGAUACUCGGAAACCUUCUCUGCCAAUACUCAUGGGAAUAGACCAGGUUAGUUUGUUAGGUUCGUGCAACUCUGAUUGAAUGGAGCGCAAAGGUAUUUGGGUAUUGCCCAUUGUAAUCUUAGAUAUUCGCCUAUGUUCUUCUCUGCUUGUCAACAAUCAUCGAUGUACAAAAAAUGUUGUUACCAUUGCAAGUUUAAUGUGCCAAGUUCUUGAGACGCUA